CUAACGAGGCAAGGGAAGAAGGGUUCUAAAACACUGUCCAAUCAAGGCCUGGUGGCGUGAUAGGAGUUAUAUCCAGUCAGAAUCCUUAGAAAGGAACAGUUUGGAGUUCCGUCCAGUCACGUUGCGGGUGCCUGCAGCAUUGUCCAAUCUGUGGGGGCGGGGGUAAGGGGCAUUCAUCGCCGUUGGAGGCUGGAGCUUUGGCAUCUGUCGUUGACAUCUCUCUCCGCCAGCGGAGGCGCUCUCGCGUUUCUGUCCGGAGCGAUCCUGGGUGUACUGUCUCUCUCACCUUCCGGAGCUUCGGAGCUGCGGGAAGACGACGCCCUGAGAACCAGCCUCACCGCUGCGAGAUGGACACGGUGGUCUUUGCGGAUGUGGCUGUGAAUUUCACUCAGGAAGAGUGGGCUCUGCUGGAUGGUGCUCAGAGGAAGCUCUAUAGAGAAGUGAUGCUGGAGACCUUCAGGAACCUGGCCUCAGUGGUUGUUACAGAUUGUUUCACUCAAGUUAAAACCCAUCCGUCACGCCCUGGGCAGGAUACUUUGGAGAAUAAAAUAUCCAGUGAAGAGAAAAUACUAAGAUUCACAAGAAAUGAUUCCUGGCCUGGUUUUAGAGGAAACUGCACAGACCACAACAUUGCAGAUCAGCACCAACCCCAGGAGAGGCGUCCGAGAAGUCACAUGCUGGAGGCUCCCUGUGAGAGAGGUGAAGCUCAUCCAUGCAGAGACACCCUGAACCCGGUCACAGAUCUUCCUGUGGGGGAGGGACACCCGCCUGGAGUUAAACCCCAGGAAUGUACUAAGUGUGGAAAAACCCGCUUGAGUCAGCCAAGAUCUCCCACUGGACACGAACCUCAUCCCGGUGAGGAACGUGGACAAGCCUGUACGUGCAUCUCGUGUCCAAGCCCUCAUAUGGAACCAGAGCGUGUGCACAAACCCAGUCACUGUGGGGACACUGGGAGAGCAUCUGAGAGAUACGUGAAGAGCCUUAGUAAUACAAACUCCAUUGAGUGUCAGAAAUGUGGAAAAGCCUUUACUUGCUACUCCUCCUUUCGGGGACAUUUGAGAGGUCACUGUGGACAGAAAAUCCACGUGUGCAAAGUAUGUGGGAAAGCCUUUAUGUAUUACUUUUACCUUACAGGACACGUGAGAACUCACACUGGAGAGAAACCCUAUGAGUGUAAAGCAUGCGGGAAAGGUUUCGGUAGUCUGAAAUACUUUAGAAGACACGUGAGGACACACAGUGGAGUGAAACCCUAUGUAUGUAAGGAGUGUGGGAAAGUCUACAGGUAUCUCACAAAUCUGCAAGAACAUGCAAGGACGCACAGUGGGGAGAGGCCGUAUGUAUGUCAGCACUGUGGGAAAGCCUUCAGUCGUCACUCCUCCCUGCGCGGCCACGUGAGGACGCACAGUGGAGUGAAGCCCUAUGAGUGCCAGCAGUGUGGGAAAGCUUUCAGGUUUCCUGCAAACCUGCAAGUGCACGUGAGGACACACACCGGGGAGAGGCCCUGUGAAUGUCAGCACUGCGGGAAAGCAUUCAGGUAUGCCGCCUCGCUGCGAGUGCAUGUGAGGACGCACACUGGGGAGAGGCCCUAUGAGUGUCAGCAGUGUGGCAAAACCUUCACCAGCCACUCUUACCUUCAGAAACACGUGCGAACACACAGUGGGGAGAAAUCCUACGAAUGUAAGGAGUGUGGGAAAGCUUUCAGGCAGCUGCAGCAUUUUCAGGGUCACAUGAGGAUACACAGCGGGGUGAAACCUUAUGAAUGUAAAGAGUGUGGGAAAUCCUACAGUUUCCUCUCAUCCCUGCGAAUACACGUGAGAAUGCACAGUGGGGAGAGACCCUUUGAGUGUCAGCAGUGUGGGAAAGCCUUCAGUCGUCUCUGCUCGCUUCAAGGACACAUGAGAUCACACACUGGGGUGAAACCCUAUGAGUGUAAGGAGUGUGGGAAAUCCUUCAGGUAUCCUGACAACCUGCGAGUACAUGUGAGGACACACACUGGGGAGAGACCUGAUGAGUGUCAGCACUGCGGGAAGGCCUUCCGGUAUCCCACGUCCCUGCGCAAACAUGUGAGAACACACAGUGAAAAGGAUACGUGAACGUCGGCAAUGUGGGAAAGCCUUCAUGUGUGACGAAUACCUGCAAGCACGUGAGGACACAUGAUGGACAGAAACUCUGAACUCGAGGACUGGGAUAUCUUUAUUCUUCCUGAAAAUUGGGUUGUAAAUGCGAGCAAACACACUGGAGAGAAACUGUAUGGAUGGAAAAAAUGUGGAAAAACCUUUAGGUGUAGCACUUAUUUUGUAUGAAAAUUCAGAGCAGGCUGAAUCUUUUAAUGAUUAUUUGUAUGGUAUUGCCUUUGUAAAUAGCUCAUCCUUAGUAGCAAUUUCCAGUGUAUUAGUUUCUGGUUAUGUUUCUGAUAUGAAACUUGAGAUAAGAAAUAUUUCUCUAUGUUCCUUCAUUUGUACUACACACUUUAUUAUCUUGGACUUUAAAUAAUUGUAUAGUUGUAUAAAACUUGUCUCGUUGCCAUUAUUAUUACUUUUGGACUUAGGGGUAUUUAGGGAUUUUUUUAUAAUUUAGUGAUUUUUUAUUGUGUAAAAUUUACAGUUGGGGAAACUGAGGCUCAGAGAGCCAAAGCAACUUGCCCAAUAUCAUUCAACAGUUAAGAGUUGCUGGGGCUUCUCUCUCUCUUUUAUUGUAAUGGCAGAACUUUGUUUAUAUUUGUAAAUUUGGAGUGGUAGACAUAUCACUUUUAUAUUUUACCUUUUUCAGUUACAAUUUACAUUCAAUAUUAUUUUGUAUUAGUUUCUGGUUUAUCAGCAUAGUGAUUAGAUUAAGUGGUUAUUUUUAUUUGCAUGUGAAAUGAUAAUAAUUUUAGAUGAAAAGUUUUUUGACUCUUUCCAUUAGGUUCCCAGUAUGUGAUCAUGCCACGAGACUGGUAUUUUUUUUUUUAGAUUUUAUUUAUUUAUUUUUAGAGAGGGAAGGGAGGGAGAAAGAGAGAGAGAGAGAGAGAAACUUCAGUGUGCGGUUGCUGGGGGCCAUGGCCUGCAACCCAGGCAUGUGCCCUGACCGGGAAUAGAACCUGUGACACUUGGUUUGCAGCCUGUGCUCAAUCCACUGAGCUACACCAGCCAGGGUUGAGACCUGUAUUUUUUCUUUUCUGGUUUGCUCCUGCAGACAUCAACCCUUCACUGUAGUCUUUGUUACAGAAACGUGGAGCUUUCACAUUUGUUUGUUGCUAGUGGAUACCACAUCUGUGUUCCUCACGGAAGUUAGUAAUUAUGGCAAGAUCUCCUCUGAUUAUGUUCUUAAUUUGACCUUUGCUUAAUGUCCCUGAUCUUAAUUGGAAAUUGGACACGAUACAUUGAGUUACAAAGAGAUACCCACGGUGUGAAAAUGAAAGGUGGUGUCUAGAUGAUUCCAUGUAUUAUGUUGUCAGUGGGUAAGCUGGGAAGCUAUAUCCCAUCUUCCUUCUCCUUAGGUUUGAGAAAGGGAAGGUGCAUGAGGUUUGGAAAUGAAGACACCAUAACCCUCACAUGUUCUUUCCCAUCAGCAGACAGAGAUGUGGAAACCUAGUGGGCCCUAGACACAGCACAUUCUCUUGACUUCUGCCUCUGUCUGUCUAAGAACAGCCCUAACCAAACACAGGUUUGAUGUUAGUUUUCUUUCAGGCAGCGGGUUCCACAGACAUUUCCAGGAGCUCCCCCAUCGUGGGCCCUCUUUGGUCUUCAGAUUCACACAGACUCUUCCUGUAACUCUUUGAUGUACAACAGGCCACUUCUUCAGGCUAUGGGCUUUAGCAGUCUUCUCUCAUCCUGUCACCCCUUUUGUCUUUCAUGCCUCUCCUAAUUAUGUGAUUUUUGUAGGAAGUAUCUUGUUUCUCUACUGGUAGAUCUUUUUCCUGACUCCACCCUGACAUAUUUAACAUUGGAGCCAAAACACAGGAAACAUACCUCCCAGACUGCAUUGUUGAGAGGCUGCACUGACCUUGCAUUUCUUGUUUGAUACUUACAUGGAUGUAUUUGGACACUUCCAUGGUGGAAAUGCACCUUUGUGAAUAUAUUUGGCUGUUUGUGACAGUUUUCUCUUUUAGCUGAAUGCUUUCUAAAUGAUAAGCCCAGUAUGUUUAAUUAUGCUCAAUUUUUAUAUGUGAUUACCAAAUGUUUGAUUCUCAUUUUUUUAAAGAUUUUAUUUAUUUAUUUUUAGAGAGGGGGGAAGUGAGGUAGAAAGAGAGGAAGAGAAACAUCAAUAUGUGAGAGAAACAUCGAUUGGUUGCCUCUAGCACGUGCCCUGAUGUGGGACCUGGCCUGCAACCCAGGUAUGUGACCUGACCAGGAAUCGAACCGGUAACCUUUCUCUUUCUGAGACAAUUGCUCAGCCACUGAACCACACUAUUCAGGACUAAUGCUCAUUUAAAAAAAAUAUGUGAUUCAAACUGCAUUUUUUUUCAAUUGUAGUUUUCUACAUUGUUUCUGAGCUAUUAUUUAGGUUUUCAAAUCUGUUGUAUACUGACACAUGUUAUUGUGUUUUAUGUUUAAUUAAUUAUGAACCCAUUCUAAAGAAUAAUUUAUUGUUCCAUUGUAACCAAUUUUUUCAUAUGUAUUCUGGGGUAAUGUUACUAAAUACAUACACCUUUUGAAAUUAUUUUCUGGUCUUUCCUUCAUUUUUAUGCAGCUACCAUCUUUGUAUUUUAAAAAUGACUUAUUUUUUGCUAACAUUGAAAACCUAGCUAUUGCUCCAGUCAGUGGUCUCCAGCCAGGCGUCCUGCUCCUACAGCUCAACAGGGUGGGGGAUGGGGAGCGGACGUACACAUCCCCUUGACGUCUGUGGAGAACCCGAACCGUGUUCUGGGCGAGGUGAGCACUUCUGCUGUUGUGAUGGGAGUGAGUUACCACACAGAGCUUCAGCUUAUAGGCAUAAGUGCCUUGAAUAAACUCUACUUCUGGAAA